AUGUCGUCUCCAGUCAACCAGAAGCACGACGAGUAUGAUGAGAAGCACUCCAACCACACAGCCGAAACGCUCCACGACCCGACCAAUCUCCAGUCCCACACGGAAUCACAAAAGCCCAGUCAUGAAAGGCCCCUAAUGCCCCUCCACGUGGACUCGCACAACCACCUCGCACCUCCGACAGAAGGGCCCUUUUCUCCCAAUGGCGGUGGCACCCGCGAGCAAGCAAGCCGCCUCACCGACGACCUCGAGCUUCUCCGUGUCGAGCGUCUCAUCUCCAAUCAGGAGAACGAGCUGAACCGGUCCCGCUCUCGUAGCCGCCAACACCAGCCCGAGCCUGAGGAUCUCUUCGCCGGUAAACCAGUAGAGGACGAGAAGGUCGAGCGCCCGCCUCCCGAAAAGAAGGCCGGCAUCUUUGGCUACUGGCUCCUUCGCUGGCUGAAGAAGCUCCCGCGUUGCUUUCGCUACUUUUUCUACUUGCUACCAGGCGCCACGCUUUUGUUGAUUCCCAUCCUGAUCGGAUAUUUCAGCCCUGGCGACCGGCCUGUUGGCGGUGAUGGAGGUGUCGAGCUGAUGUGGUUUGGCAUAUGGUUGAUGAUUGUGUGGUGCACCAUCUGGGGCGCUCGCAUGAUCACGUCUCUGAUGCCACCCACAUUUGCUGGCAUUGCUACUCUGAUGGGCUCCAACAACGGCAAAAAGUGGAAGGACAUUGGUCGUGUCCUUGAACUUCACACAGCGCUCUUCAUAUGGAUGCUCUCGGUUUUGGUCUCCUUCAAGCCCAUCAACAACAGCCACCGAGUCCCCCGUACUGGUGACGGCGAUGGCUCGGUCGAAUGGAUCAAUACUGUGUACAAGGUCAUCAUCGCCAUAUUUGUCCUUUCUGCCCUCAACUUUAUCGAAAAGAUCAUCAUACAGUGGAUCGCCACAUCCUUCCACCAGCGCACCUACGCCAAGCGUAUCGAGGACAACAGAAGCGACAUUCAUCAUCUCAUUCACCUGUAUGACUACGCCAAAGAGAAGAUUGCUCACGACGAUGCCAUUUGGGAGACAACCGGUGAAGCCAGGGAAGGAUCCGGAAGCCGCACGCCCAUGGCCCAGCUGCACAACAAUGUCCGCCAGGUGUUCAAUAAGGCUGGUGGCCUCGCGAACCGUGUCGGUAACGACUUCAUCGGCCGUAAGACCGAUCUGAACCAUUCGAAGAAGAUUGUCUUCGAGCUGUUGCGUACGUCGUCAUCGGCUCACUCUCUCGCUCGGCUGAUCUACCGGUCCUUGCUGAAUCCCAACAACGAGACCAUCUACGAGGAUGACAUGCGAAUUGCUUUCAAGACGGAGGAGGAAGCUGAACAUGCCUUUGGCAUUUUCGACAAGGACUUCAAUGGCGACAUCAGCAUGGAAGAGAUGGAGUGCGUUUGCAACGAGAUCCAUCUUGAGCGCAAGGCCAUUGCUGCCUCCCUCAAGGAUUUGGACUCCGUCAUUCAGAAGCUUGACAAGGUCUUUUUCUUCAUCAUUUUUGUCAUCUCCAUCAUUGUGUUUAUCACGAUCCUUUCCGGCUCGGCGGCCGCCGGCCUCGCAUCCGCUGGCUCAGCUGUCCUGGGCCUUGCGUGGAUGCUUCAGGCUACUGCCCAGGAGUUUUUGCAGUCGAUCAUCUUCGUCUUUGUCAAGCACCCAUUCGACGUCGGCGAUCGCAUCACCAAGAUGGAGGGGCACAUUGUCCAGGCGCCCAACUCGGUUCUCAACACUCUGUUCAUCCUCAACCAGCGCCGCUCCGCCGGUCUCGCAGACCCCGUCGAGCUGCGUCUCGGAUUCGGCACCGACCCCCAGCUCAUCGAGGAUCUCAAGGCUCGCAUGACUGACUACUGCCUGGCCAACAAGCGCGAUUACAAGCCUAGUGUGCUGACCGAAGUUCGCACCCUGAACGAUGUGCAGUCUUUUACCAUGAACUUCAUCUUCUUCCACAAGUCCAACUUUCAAAACGAACUGUUGCGUCUGCAACGCCACAACAAAUUCGUUGCUCAGCUCAUGGUUGAGAUUCGCGAUCUUGGCCUGCAGGGACCGUGGCAGGUGCAGCCCGGUGGCUCUCGCGAGUUCCCCCUGCACUGGGCUGGUGCCGCGCCACCUCCGUCGUACGAAAACUCCGCGACCAAGCCCAGCGGCACGUCUGGCCCCGGAGCAGUAUCCGGCUCUGCUGCGGCGCCGCCUCUGCGGCACUCGACCUCCGUCACGUCCGGCGCAUCCACCGCCUCUCGUCAAACCUAUACGCCUGCUGUUCGCUCUGUUCCACUGAUUGAAGAAUCUUUCGUUGAUUUCCAGGACGUCUUCGAGAGCCGAAAGGCCGAGCACACCCCCAAGAUUUCGCGGCUGCAGAGCAUUCGCGAGAACAGCAGCAGCAACUUCCGUGACGGCCGAAGCAGCCAGGAUCGUGACAGUAGCCCUGCCCGUACCAGCGGCGCCGCGCGACCCAGCCAGGACUCGACGUCGCGAAGGCAUAUUUUCACUGGCCGCGCUCGCAGCAGGAGCACGGCCUCCAAGCCGCCGAACGACAUGGUGUGA